GGAGGGGAGGGAGACCCGGUGAAGAAGGCCAGAGACACCGCGCAGGAGAGGCCCACGAGGCCGGGAGCUGGGGCUGGUAGAGAAGGCCACAGGGCCUCCUUCCCUCUCCUCUCCGUCCUUCAAUGCCCCCUCCACGGGGAAGGAAGUCCGCCAGUGGGAAGCCCUGUUGUGGCCUGGGCUGCCAGCUCCCCUUGCCCAGGACACCUGGAGGUGGGAUCCCGGGGCGCCCACGCUAGGCGAGCCCAGGCCCGGCGCUGGAGACCCGAGGGCCGCAAAGCCAAGGUGCCCUUGAUCCUGCGCGGGCGGCCCGGGGAGGCGCAGGGCGAGGACGGAGGCGCGGGGGGCGGGCCUGGCCUGAUGUAACAGCGAGUGCCCGGACCAGUGGCGCGGGGGGCGGGCCCUGUAGGCUCCUCCCCGAGGCGAGGCUGGUGCGGGCAGGGCCGCUGGGAGCGCAGCCAGAGCCGACCGCGAGCGACGGAGCCGGAGCCGGAUCCGGAGCCGAGCGCCAGUUUUUCCAGGGCUACCAGCUGAAGAGCUCCCGUGGGACCCCAGCCCCACCACCAUGGGCAGCCCCGAGGGCCGCUUCCACUUUGCCAUCGACCGUGGGGGUACCUUCACAGACGUCUUUGCCCAGUGCCCAGGGGGGCAUGUGCGGGUCCUAAAACUGCUCUCAGAGGACCCUGCCAACUAUGCAGAUGCGCCAACCGAAGGGAUCCGCCGCAUCCUGGAGCAGGAGGCCGGCAUGCUCCUGCCCCGGGACCAGCCUCUGGACUCCAGUCAUAUCGCCAGCAUCCGCAUGGGCACCACAGUGGCCACCAACGCACUGCUGGAGAGGAAGGGGGAGCGGGUGGCGCUGCUGGUAACACGUGGCUUCCGAGACCUGCUGCACAUUGGCACCCAAGCCCGUGGGAGCCUCUUUGACCUGGCCGUGCCCAUGCCUGAGGUGCUGUAUGAAGAGGUGCUGGAGGUAGACGAACGUGUGGUGCUGCACCGUGGAGAGGCGGGCACCGGGACGCCUGUGAAAGGCCGCACGGGGGACCUGCUGGAAGUGCAGCAGCCUGUGGACCUGGGGGCCCUGCGUGGGAAGCUGGAGGGGCUGCUAUCUCGAGGCAUCCGCAGCCUAGCCGUGGUGCUCAUGCACUCCUACACGUGGGCCCAGCAUGAGCAGCAGGUGGGUGCGCUGGCCCGGGAGCUGGGCUUCACGCACGUGUCACUGUCCUCGGAGGCCAUGCCCAUGGUGCGCAUCGUCCCUCGGGGGCACACGGCCUGUGCCGAUGCCUACCUCACACCCGCCAUCCAACGCUACGUGCAGGGCUUCUGCCGUGGCUUCCAGGGCCAACUCAAGGAUGUGCAGGUGUUGUUCAUGCGCUCCGAUGGCGGCCUGGCGCCCAUGGACACCUUCAGCGGCUCCCGUGCUGUGCUCUCGGGCCCGGCCGGCGGCGUGGUGGGCUACUCAGCCACCACUUACCAGCAGGAGGGUGGCCAGCCUGUCAUCGGCUUUGACAUGGGAGGCACGUCCACAGAUGUGAGUCGCUACGCUGGGGAAUUCGAGCACGUCUUCGAGGCCAGCACAGCUGGCAUCACCCUCCAGGCCCCACAGCUGGACAUCAACACCGUGGCAGCGGGAGGGGGUUCCCGCCUCUUCUUCAGGUCUGGCCUCUUUGUAGUUGGGCCCGAGUCAGCAGGAGCCCACCCAGGACCCGCCUGCUACCGCAAAGGGGGCCCUGUGACAGUGACGGAUGCUAAUCUGGUCCUGGGUCGCCUGCUGCCUGCCUCCUUCCCCUGCAUUUUUGGGCCGGGAGAGGACCAACCACUUUCCCCUGAGGCCUCCCGCAAAGCCCUGGAGGCUGUGGCCACUGAGGUCAACAGCUUCCUGACCAACGGGCCCUGCCCGGCCUCCCCGCUGAGCCUGGAGGAGGUAGCCAUGGGGUUUGUGCGCGUGGCCAAUGAGGCCAUGUGCCGGCCCAUCCGCGCACUCACGCAGGCAAGAGGCCAUGACCCCUCAGCCCAUGUGCUGGCCUGCUUUGGGGGAGCUGGUGGGCAGCAUGCAUGUGCCAUCGCCCGGGCCCUGGGCAUGGACACCGUGCACAUCCACAGGCACAGUGGGCUGCUGUCGGCCCUGGGGCUGGCCCUGGCUGACGUGGUGCACGAGGCACAAGAGCCCUGCUCCCUGCUCUAUGUGCCUGAGACCUUCAUGCAGCUGGACCAGAGGCUGAGCCGCCUGGAGGAGCAGUGUGUGGAUGCCCUGCGGGCCCAGGGCUUCCCCAGGUCCCAGAUCAGCACUGAGAGCUUCCUGCACCUGCGCUACCGGGGCACGGACUGUGCUCUGAUGGUGUCUGCCCACCAGCACCCAGCCACAGCCCGCUCGCCCCGUGCAGGGGACUUUGGGGCAGCCUUCGUGGAGCGGUACAGGAGGGAGUUUGGCUUUGUCAUCCCUGAGCGGCCGGUGGUCGUGGACGAUGUACGAGUGCGGGGAACUGGCCGCAGUGGUCUUCGCCUCGAGGAUGCCCCCAAAGCCCAGACUGGGCCUCCCCGGGUGGACAAGAUGACCCAGUGCUACUUUGAGGGGGGCUACCAGGAGACCCCUGUGUACCUGCUGGCAGAGCUGGGCUAUGGGCACAAGCUCCAUGGGCCCUGCCUCAUCAUCGACAGUAACAGCACCAUCCUGGUGGAGCCAGGUUGCCAGGCAGAGGUGACCAAGACAGGGGACAUCCGCAUCUCUGUGGGGGCCGAAGUCCCCGGCACAGUGGGCACCCAGCUGGACCCUAUCCAGCUGUCCAUCUUCUCACACCGCUUCAUGAGCAUUGCUGAGCAGAUGGGCCGUAUCCUGCAGCGCACAGCCAUCUCCACCAACAUCAAGGAGCGUCUCGACUUCUCCUGUGCCCUCUUUGGGCCCGAUGGGGGGCUGGUGUCCAAUGCCCCCCACAUCCCUGUGCACCUGGGUGCCAUGCAGGAGACGGUGCAGUUCCAGAUUCAGCACCUGGGGGCCGAUCUCCACCCUGGCGACGUGCUACUGAGCAACCAUCCCAGUGCUGGGGGCAGCCACCUGCCAGACCUGACUGUUAUCACACCGGUGUUUUGGCCGGGUCAGACGCGGCCUGUGUUCUAUGUGGCCAGCCGAGGGCACCACGCAGACAUCGGGGGCAUCACACCAGGCUCCAUGCCCCCCCACUCCACCACGCUGCAACAGGAGGGUGCCGUCUUUCUGUCCUUCAAACUCGUCCAGGGGGGCGUCUUCCAGGAGGAGGCGGUGACGGAGGCCCUGCGGGCGCCAGGCAAAGUCCCCAACUGUAGUGGAACCAGAAACCUGCACGACAACCUGUCGGACCUCCGUGCCCAGGUGGCAGCCAACCAGAAGGGCAUCCAGCUGGUGGGGGAGCUCAUUGGGCAGUACGGCCUGGGCGUGGUGCAGGCCUACAUGGGCCAUAUUCAGGCAAACGCUGAGCUGGCCGUGCGCGACAUGUUGCGUGCCUUUGGAACGUCCCGGCAGGCCCGGGGCCUGUCCCUGGAGGUGUCCUCGGAAGACCACAUGGACGACGGUUCCCCCAUCCGUCUCCGUGUGCAGAUCAACCUGAGUCAGGGCAGCGCUGUGUUUGACUUCAGCGGCACUGGGCCGGAGGUGUUUGGUAAUCUCAAUGCACCGCGGGCCAUAACCCUGUCCGCCCUCAUCUACUGCCUGCGCUGUCUGGUGGGCCGCGACAUCCCACUCAACCAGGGCUGCCUGGCGCCAGUGCGCGUGGUAAUUCCCCGAGGCUCCAUCCUGGACCCGUCGCCCGAGGCCGCGGUGGUGGGCGGCAACGUGCUCACGUCGCAGCGCGUGGUGGAUGUCAUCCUGGGGGCCUUUGGGGCCUGCGCCGCCUCCCAGGUGCGGGGGUGGGGUGGGCGCGGCUCGGGUGGGCAGGCUGGAGUAGGAGCGGGCGGGCGAGGUGGGGACGCCCUGCCCCAGCCCAGCGCAGCGACCAGGUGCCCUCACCAGGGCUGCAUGAACAACGUGACCCUGGGCAACGCCCACAUGGGCUACUACGAGACGGUGGCGGGCGGCGCGGGCGCAGGUCCCACCUGGCACGGGCGCAGCGGCGUGCACAGCCACAUGACCAACACACGGAUCACCGACCCUGAGAUCCUGGAGAGCCGGUACCCGGUCAUCCUGCGCCGCUUCGAGCUGCGGCGGGGCUCGGGGGGCAGAGGCCGCUUCCGGGGCGGUGACGGCGUCACCCGCGAGCUGCUCUUUCGUGAGGAGGCGCUGCUGUCAGUGCUGACCGAGCGCCGCGCCUUUCGGCCAUACGGGCUCCACGGGGGCGAGCCUGGCGCCCGCGGCCUAAACCUGCUGAUCCGCAAAAACGGCCGGACGGUGAAUCUGGGCGGCAAGACGUCGGUGACCGUGUACCCCGGGGAUGUGUUCUGUCUCCACACGCCCGGCGGCGGUGGCUAUGGGGACCCGGAGGACCCCGCCCCACCGCCGGGGUCGCCCCCUCAAGCACUGGCCUUUCCUGAGCACGGCAGCGUCUAUGAGUAUCGUCGGGCCCAGGAGGCCGUGUGAGAAUCCCGCAAUAAAGAUGCCUUAAGUCGUCCGGUUCUGGGGACGCGGCUACCGCGCCUA